GUACAUUUACUUUUGGUACUUAAAGGAGGUUGUGUUUUGAUGUAAAUAUUUUUGUACUUGGGCUGAGUAUGAUUGCAGUACAGUGAAUGCGCAACUGACUGUGUGUUCUGUGGUUUCUCGUGACAGUCGAAGGUUUUCUCAGUCCACAUGAGGGCAGCAGUGCAGUUUUUGGAGCAGCCUCACACUCAGAGGCAGCAGCCUUCCUUCCCCUCAGGUGAGUCUGGAGUUACCUGGUACUGUUUAAUGGGCGGUGGAAAAGCCUAAAACCAGCGGCUUUGCUGCUUCUCACGAACAGCACGACAGCAAUAAAUGUUCAAGUGUGAGGGGGUGAUGAAUCGGGUGUUGGCACUUCAGGAUGGUGGAGGGACAGCUGGCACAGUGGAGGCAGUGUUCGCCUGGAUUGCGUAAAUGCGCACUGGUGAGUGAGGGGAGGAGACCGGAGGAGAGGGACGGGAAGAGGAGGCAGGAGAGGGAGAAAUGUUGAGUCAGUCGAGGGAGGACGGUGGUAACUGUGGGUUUCGCUGGAUUCUGUCACUGAACAGGUACACGACAACAGGAGGCGAUGUUCCCGCCUUUGUCCUCUGCUGGUAGCAUGCGCUGUCCAGACAUUUACGCAGCGCUGCUCCGGCGAGCUCCGACGCACCUUUGAGACCGUCCACCCACCGGGCAGAGAGGUUGGGCCUCGCCGAGGGAGCCUCAUCUUCUCCAAAGCUACCAGGAAGCUGCGAAGCACAUAGUUGAGAAGACACUGUGCCUGACAGCAAGUCAUAGAACGACGCUCCAGGAUUUGGAGUUCUUGUUUAAUUAAGGGAAGAAAAUCUUUCUUAAAAUGCAUGGAAGUCUUACAGUCAUUACACUCCCGUAGAGUUUUCCUUUAAAGAAUUUGGUUCAUUUAUUAAUGGACUUUUUUUCACUGUAGACUCUAUCACCAGGGUGCAAAUAGAACUGCAGAGCUGCAGCUGAGGGGGGCUGGUAGCUCUCAAUAAUUGCCUUUUGUUUGAAGGUAUAAAAUUCUCUGCCGUAAAGGCUUUCUCUUGGAUCAUCAGGGCACUGGUGAAGGUCAGUGCUCUGUGACUCUCUUUCUCUCUCUCACUUGGUCUUUGAUCCAGUGCCCUCUCCCCGCUCUCUUUUUCAGUUCCUUCGCUCUUGACUUUGAGGUUUUUUUGGGAUUAAGUAUUCAGCUUCAGGACACCCUCGGCAAGCAUCUUUUUUUUCCCAGGAAUAUGCUCGUGCCAAAACUUUAACCAAAAUAUCCUGUUGGGAGGAUGCAGUGAAGAGGAGAAGGACAGAAAGGAAUAGGGGGGAUUUACAGGCAGAUGGCUUCACAGCUCAAAACACCAACAGCCAGAUGAAUAAAACAUUUGAAUAGAGAGGGAGUCGUGACAUCUGGGUUAGGAGUGAGUUGGACGCUCUCCUCAUUCCCUCUCUCUGUUUUUUCCUUUUUCUGUCUCCUCUUUCACCUGCUAGCAUCCAUAUCCUCUCCAUCCCCACAUACUCCCUCUAUCCAUCUUUCACUUUCUCCUGUAUCUUUCCCUCUGUGUAUACAGGGGUUCAGGCGGUCAUCCAGACAGACAGAAACAAGCUUGUGCCUCUGCUUGUUUCAUCUGCUCUCGCUCAGUUUUGUUCCACCUUGGUGUACCCCCUCACUCCACCGCCCCCCACCCCCCCACCCCGCUCCUUCUCCUCCUCCCUGGCACAGUGUGUGUGAUGGUGCGUCCCCUCCUCUCGGUCCUGGAGACAUGCCCGUGCAGGAGAUGGCGGUGAGUCCUGUCAAGUCCCUCUACUGGGAGCAGUUCCCCCCCAUGUCGCAGCGCCGCGUCUACUGCACUCCCGUCUACCACGAAGGUCUGGUCUACGUGCUGGGGGGCUGCAGCGAGACUGGCAUGCCCCUGGACAGCGUUGAGGUCCUGGAUGUAGAGAGCCAGACAUGGAGCCAGCUGCCACCGCUGCCCACUGCGAGGGCGGGGGCCUCAGCUGUGGCGCUGGGGGGCCAGAUCAUGGUGCUUGGGGGCAUGAAUCAGCAGCAGACACCACUGGCCUCUGUGGAGAUGUACCACCCAGAUGAGGGCAAGUGGGAGACGAAGGCCAGCCUGGGUCAGCCAUCUAUGGGUGUCACCACUGUGGAGAAAGAUGGGAAGGUGUAUGCGUUGGGGGGUAUGGGAGCAGACACCACACCACAGGCCCUGGUGAGGGUUUAUGAGGCAGAGAAGGACCAGUGGCAGCCGAUGACCUCCAUGCCCACGCCGCGGUACGGAGCCACACCCUUCGUAACAGGAAACAAAAUCUACAUGUUGGGUGGUCGUCAGGGAAAGAUGCCAGUGACAGCGCUGGAGGCUUUUGACCUGGAGAUGAAGAGCUGGACACGCUACCCAUGCAUCCCAAGCAGGAGAGCCUUUUCCUGCUGCGCAACAAAUGAGCAAAGCCUCUUCAGCCUAGGGGGCCUCCAGCAACCAGGGCCGCAUAACUUCUACUCUAGACCUCACUUUGUCAGCACCAUGGAGGAGUAUGAUCUGGAUCAAGGUAUCUGGAUCAAACCCAGCCGAAUGUCCAGAAUGAGGGAGAAGAGGGCUGACUUUGUGGCAGGAUGCCUGGGAGGAAGGGUCAUUGCAGCUGGUGGUCUAGGUAACGAGCCAUCGCCAUUGGGCACAGUGGAGAGCUACAACCCAGUGAAGCGGCGCUGGGAGUAUGUGUUGCCUAUGCCCACUGCACGCUGCUCCUCUGCCCUCCUGCAGACAGCCAACAUGCUCUUUGUCAUUGGUGGUGUUGCCCAGGGACCCAGUAAUGUUGUGGAAGCCCUCUGCUUACAGGAAACAGUGUGACACGUACACUUACACUAACACACAGGCAGGAAUAAAUGCAAACUUGGCAUUGAUAUUUUAUACAGGUAUGUGCAUAAACACAAAACACCCCAGCACGAACUGGAUCACACUUAGAUACUUUUCUAUCUUUAUGUUCAAUUCAUGGAUUCCUCAUGUACACUGGGAUGUAAGAAACUAUUUUUCACAUUCAACAAGCAUUUUCAAACAGGAGCUGCAGAGACAGUUUGUGACGGAGAUGGAUGAAUACAAGAUUAAGGACAUUCAAGCUGACUGCUGUGACUGGCAAGGACAGAAAACGGACAGCUUUUCUACUCUGGGGAAAUCAGAGGACAAAAAUUGAGCAAAAAAAUAGACACACCCACACACACACAAAUUGUGUCUCAGAAACAACACGCCUUUGAACUGUUGAGCAUUUUUCAGAAUAAAAGCAGGGUACUUUUCUGGAUAUUAAAGGAACAUAGGGCCAUAUCUGUAUCUCCUUCUUGCAGCAGCAUUGCUCUCCCCUGCUGCUGCCACAGCAAGCUCGGACACUUUUCUAUGACCUUAGAACAACACUUUGUUGAGUUUUAGACAGUGACGUUCUGGGAAUGUGGAUGUCUGUUUUGGCUCCUUGGGUUGCAACGUUGUACUGUAUACAUAUGAAGUUAGCACUGCUAGCAACUGCUAUCACAGUGUCAACAAGAGUGGUCCUUAACAUGCAUUCACACCCUAGGCUACUUAAGCAACUGCUGGUCAGAAGUCAGAAGACGUUCAUCCAUUGUUAACAACCAAUGAAGCGCCGGCUGAUGUUGACCACAGUCACUGUGUUUCCUUUAUUAAUAGUUGAAGAAAAGUUGACUGUGGUCGAACUUGUCGCCAUCUUGCUUUGCUACGCAUUUAUCCACUUCUGCUGACAUUAGCACUACAGCAAUCAAUCACCAAGCUCCUUCACACUGUAGCACAGGGAUGUAGUUGCUCGUGGAGUGAAUUCAGAGUUAGUCAUACCUGCUGCACUGAAGCAUCUAGACUGAUAAAUAAUGAUCUGAACAUCAGCUUCCUAGCAUCUUAUAUUCCCCUCGCAUUUUAUGAUUGAUAGCACCACAUUGUAUCCUUAACCUCAACUUGACAUUGGCCAGAUGAUAGAUAAAAUGUGAAAAGCAUCUUAAGGUGAUGAUACCUGUGCACCAUUUUGGAGCAAUGGAGGAAUUAAUAGAAUACAAAAAAAUCAUGCUGUAUGUGCAAUACAGUUUUUUAUGAUAAUGGAUACAUGGAUGUUGUGUUUUUCCAGUAGUAUAACUGUUGGUAGAAUGCUGAAGGUGCUGUGAAAUAGCCUGUUUUGGUCCAACCUAGACGUUUUCAGGGGGGUUGUGAGAGAGUUGAAGGAGGGUACACAGAGGGUGAGAUGUAAGGCAGAGAUAAGGUGUGAUGUGGAAGGGACAGGUGUAUGCCAGUUUCCUUAAAACAACAGGAAGUUAGCUAUUGUAGUUUGGUCAUUGUAAUUUGUUAAAUGUGGCAAUUUGCCAAAAUAUAAACAAAUAUUGCCCAAAUAAAUUAGGGUUCAUAGCCCAUAAAGUCCACUUACGCCAUGGCAACAGUAUUCUUCCUAUUAGCAUCCACAAAGCAUCCUGGGAACUGUAGUUGAAGGAGAGAUGAGACAUUUGACGACUUGGAAAACCACUGGUCUAACCCUAACAUAAUGUAGGCUACCGUUAUAUACAUUGAUAGUUGCUUCCUUGUCUAUUUAACCAGCAAAAAUCAGUCUUUUGAGUACAAAAUAGGCAAUAUUUGUGGGCUUAAGGGAGACUGAAAAGCUUGUCGUUUGCUGCUGUAGAUUUGAGAAUGGUUGUGAAUCCAAUUUGAUUACAGCUUCUAUAAACUUUUCAGAGCCACCUUUCAGUCCUAUAGUGGGUGAGCAUUUGAUACUGAAAAGACAGACUUUUGGAGAUUUUGUUUGUUUGGGCUGAGGUGAGGCUUUGUGUGCAAGACGAAAGAUGAUUGUGGGAGCUGCUGUGCAGAACGAUUUGUGACAGAUUCAGUGACCUGUGGACAGCAGAUGAGUCGAGCAGGAAAGAGAGGGUAACCUGGUGCAGUGUUACUGUGUGGUAUGUAGCCUUUCCUGGUCUGGUCUGCUAUCCCUGCAGCUAUUUUGGUGGGGCCUGUUCCUGCCAAAUCUGUAGAAUUUUUGAAUAUCCAUGUGAAAUGCCAGUCAUCAGCCUUUCCAUUCAGAACUGAUGUACUGUAACACAACAGGCAAUCAGGGCUUAGAUGGUUUGGUGGCUCAAAAGGUGGCCCAGCAAAGAAUUAUGGGCUCCUGCCUAAACUGCAGCUUUUUGUUGAGAUAAUACGUUGUAAAACUUUAUAAAUAUUGAAUUUAUUUAUUACUCUAAAUAAUUUUUCCAGUUUAAUUAAAACAGACGAUGCACUAAGUGGAACAUUUACUGAAAUUUUCAUUAGCCUGAGAUUGAGUUUAUACCAGCUGAGAAUAUUUGAUGGUAAGUUUAUUUUAAUUCACCAGAGUUUAUUUGCUGACUAAAGGUGUGUGCUACAGAAUGAUAAAUGGAUGUGAGACUCACAGUAAAGAGGAAACUGGAGUUAAAGCUAGACUGCAUUAUCAGAUAUGAUUGGUCUGUUCACAUAUAAGGUCUACUUUCCUGCUCUAACACACACAAAAAGUUGCAAUAUGCUUCUCCACCUUAAUUGCAUGAUGCAUCGUUUCAAGACGCAAGAUGCUAAUAGAACUGAACCACCAUGUCGCCUACAAUGAACUCCAUUUAAAAAGACACAUAUAUUCAUAUAUACAGAGAGGAGAGAGGGAGACUGUAGAUAAGUUAGAGAUAUGGAUAAAGAAGAGAGAGAUAACUCUGGCUUUUAAAGUAAGCACUGUUUCGUACACAUGCACAAAUAUACACGCAUCCUCUUCACUGCCCUGCCCCACCGCAUAUAGUUUUUUGGUCUGCAUCCUGGCAGGCCUUGUUAACAGAGUCAGAUUUCUGUUGCUGUGAGAGAACACUGAGACUGUAGGAGCUCAGCUGAAAUGCCAGUUGACAGUUGGUUAUUUCUGGUGCUGCAUUGUGUGCACCUAAUUGAGUGUGCUAGGUACAAGUCACACACUUGUCACAUAUGUACAAACACACACACCGCCACUUGAACACAAAGCCUGAAAGUCUGAAUGCAUGCUCACAAGCAUAUUCACUCACUCACUCUCCAAUACACACACAAGUUUGGAGAGAGUACAGAGAUCAUUUGUCAGUAAACAGCUCUGUUGGUAGGGGACUGUGGCCUUCCUUCCAACAUUGAUUACCCUUCUUGAUACAGCUGUAGUUUGUGCCUGCAUGUGUGUGUGUUUGUGGGUAUCAUUUUGUGUGUCCUUUUGUCAUGGAUGCAUUUGGAGAUGCAAAAAUGUUUUUGCAAAUUCAAUUAUAUAUUUUUUUUGCAUGUAACCAUAAUGCACCCAAAACGUACAUCUGCAUGGUGUAAAAGAUUGGAAUACAGAAAUUAUUGGUUUUGUUUACAGUUUACACAUACAUCUUUUAUGGGGCUAAGGGGAUUUCUUUGUGAUGCAAUAUCAUAGUCGGCCACUGAGGAGAAUUAGCAGUGAGGCAGACCCUGUCACAGUGGAUCGUCAGCCAGUCUCUAACUUUGUCCUAUCAGAGAUUUUUCACUGAAAACAGCUGCUGCUGCAAAUGAGGUUGACAAGCAAAUAUAUUUAAUGAAAACAAUUAUGUAACAGGUUCAUCACUACAAACACUCUCACAUUACACAUUUGAACCACUGUUAAUUUAAAUAUAUUGAUUUGUGCAGCUUUAAAAUUGCAGUCAUUUUGACACUAGGAGGAGAGGAACUCAAACCAAAAACACAACAUUCAUUUGGAGUUGUGCUUCUUUCCACCAAAUGUGCACAAUACUCCACCAGUCCAUUUGUAAAAUAUGUUAAACAUUUGACCAGCUAGCUAUCUGCCUGCUGCUGCUGGAAACAAGGUUGAUGAAAACAGAAUCUACAGGCUGUACAACCAAAACAAUGAGCUACAAGAGGCUGAAAGGCUGCAUAGAAUUGGAGAUUUGUGUUUUAAUUCCAACUUUCAUAUGACUCUGUCAUUUGAUGCAUCGUUAAGAAAAUAUCAUUAGCACAGUUUCAACACAUAUUGGUCAUAUGUGCAACUGUGCACUUCUGACUGCAUGUGGGUGCAUGUAUGAGCACGACUGUCAGGCUUCUGUUUGGGUGCAUGUGUGUGUUUGUGCAAUUUCCUGACAUCGAAACACACUCACAGUCUAUUAUUUUGUGAACCAUCUGGAGGAUGUACACUGUCUCCUCUGCAGGCUUUCUGUUUCUUCAGCUCUUCUAAGCAGUUUACAUGUCACACUGCAGUCCCCAAGGAAUUCUGGGACUUUGCCAGAGCUAGCUCUCUCUUUUGGUUGUCUGGUUUCUUUAGUUUUAUUUUUUCAAAAAAAAAAAAAAUCUUUCUCUCUCAUUCUCUCUCUGACCCUGUUGGCAUCAGAUUGUUUUAUAGCGAAGUUGUCUCAUAAAGCUAGACUUUCCCUUCAAUAAAAAAGAUGCCUCAUGAAUUGUUUUUUCUGGCUCCUGAUGUGACAUAUGUGUCAGGCUAUUUACUCAUCCUUCUACUGCUUCUGACAGCAGGUUGAGAAACACAGUACAAAAGAUCAGGAUGCUUCAGUACAGGUAGCAGCUAAUUAAAUGCUGUACUUUUUAACAGGCCAUGAGCGGAUGAUGCACAAGCAUAUGUAAAUGUGUAUGUAAAUGUGUUCUUACAGGACUAGUUGAAAGCCAAAAUAUAUUAUGGAGCUGUUUCCCAUGACAAGAGCAUUAAUAUGGUUUUAAUUAGCGUGAGCUUCUGGGUGAAAUUUUUCAAACUGAGUCUGAAAAAUCUGCAGAAGCUGAGGAACAGGGCAAUUUUACAAGCAAUAAGUGCCCUAAAAUUAUUCCACAUGUUUUCAAUACCCUGCACUACAGAGCAAUUUUGGGAAAACAAAUGUACAAGUACAACAUUCAUUUUCAGGCAUGUUUUUAUUAUCUGGAGCAAACAGAUGUGACGCAUUGCCCUAAAAAGUUGCCUUGUGUAUCAUUACCUCUCACACAUUUGAAGAUAUAAUACGUAAUCUCUUGUCCGAGACACUUGCAGGGCCCUGUUUUGGAGUAGGCACACUGUGGAUGGCACACUUUGUGCCUUUAUUCACAAAAAUAAGGCCCACAGACUCAGGUUCUGACAAAACAAUGGGGGUGCAUUCAGCACAGUGCAAAGAUGGGGGCAAAAGAUGCUGAAUUUACUGUUUUCAGUUUUAUGAAUCCAAUGUAGAACUGUGUCUUAUUUUUGACAAUGAAAAGCCUCUCUACUUUCUUCUUUUUCUUUCUUUGUGCGGAAAAACAGAGUUUCCUGGGCAACAGGGAACAAUGUCAACACCCGCGGGUAGCAUAAAUGUGUUCCCCCCUACAUUAGCAUACCCAUGUGUUCUUGUUGUUUUUUUGUUUCAUAUUUGGGCCUGUAGUUAGAAAAAAAAUAUCAAACAUCCCCUUGAUUAUUAUUGGUGAGGUAAUCAGGAUUAGAUAUAAUAGUAUUUCUUUUUGUUGUUGAUUGUUCUCGUUAAUUAUGUUGCCCUCCAGUUGUUUGUGUUGUGGAUUGAGGUUGUGAGGUGACAGAUGUGUUGUGGUGUUGUCCAGAUCUGAGCUGGGUUCCCCAAAGUGUUUGUCACUAGUUAUAUGUUCUUGGAAAGCUUUAGCUUGAGCUCAUGUUGCAGCAAUUUUUUUUUUUUUUUUUUUUUUUAGAAAUAUAUACAUAAAUCUGUUUAUUUUCACCAUGUUGGUCAGAAUGAAAUGCAUUGGAGCACAGUUUGUGUAAUAUUGAGAAUGAGGAUAUAUGUAAUCAUGCCAUCUAAUAUAUGCCUACAAAAGGUGAUAUUUAAAAUGACAAGACAGAAAACAUCUGGAACAAACAAGCUGACAUAUUUUAUGAGUAUCCGACCAUGAGUAGUUUACGUUCCAGACCCAAAUGGCCAUCAGCAAAAAUAAAAUAAAAUAAGAAUACAAAUCUGUUUUGACACAGAAUAAUUAUGUUUUUAUUCUGUGAUUUAACCAAGAUGCUUCAAAUAACUCAAAAACUCAUAAUCCAGGCAGCUUGAAUACCACCAGUCUUCAAUGCUGUCCAUCAUUUUCACUGCUGAGUGUUACAGUGAAACUAGUUUGUACAGACAUUUUGGGAAACACAAACCCAGAAUCCCUCUCCUCUUCUGAUCUCUCUCGCUGUACUGUGCCGUUUUCCUACAGUGAUUGACAUGGUAGAAACCCGGUAAACUGCUUUGUGGUCUCAGUGGAUCAGUAUUACCAUGUGCUCUGUAUGUGCAAAUGUGAUUUGGGAGGUUUACUGACCUGAAUUAAAUGUUCUGAAUGUGAUAAGAUAGAAAACGAAACAGAAGGGAAUGAGGACUCAACUCACUCUGAUGCUGUGCAUGGGGAGGUGUGAGGCAGUAUGUGUGAAACACUAAAAAGUUAAAUAUAUCCUUAUUUAUGUAAUAAUGCUAUACAAUUUAUAUUUUAUCCCUAUAAUGACUAUACAAACAUAUAGUUAUAGAAACACAUGUUUAACCCUUCUCAGUCAAAUAGACUGACCCACAGACAGAAACUUCUGCCACUUCAAACUAUGCACUUACAGAUGCACUUACAGUAAUUCAAGCCCAUACGGCACUGACUUCACACUCAAGUGAUACUAACAACUAGAUCCAGAUGUGACCCCAGUUGAACAGAACUGAGAACAUAUAUAUUCAAAUAAUGAAAAAACAGAAAUGAAAUAUAACAAUAUAAAUAUAACAUAACUAAUACAUUAUUUUAAGUUUGACACAGUGAUAUACUGUAUUACAAUUAGAUCAGAUUGACUGAGACAACAUGUAAAGGGGCACUAACUAUUUCACAAACAAAGAUUAGACAAAGAUCCUUUACCAGACAUGGUGGUUCUAAUGCAACACACUACAGAACAUUUUAAGCUUGACCUAUUUCAGUGACUAAAAAUCCGGAUGAAGACCAUGCAUUUUUCAAAUCUGUGUAUCUAACUGUCCCUAAGUGUCCCAACUUUAUGGAAGUGCAAUACUAAAUGGCUAGUAGUACCCCUUUACACAAUUCUUCAUAAAAAUGUGACAGAGCUGUGGUCAGGCUUACCCUUUAUCACUUGCUAAAUGGCGGUCACAUGCAUUACAUUGUAAAUUAAAUAAACAUUUUAAGAUUGCAUCAUAAAAUUUUACAGUUCAAGAAUAUACUUACAUAUACACAUUCACAAUCACUACCUCUGCAACAUGGUUAUAACAUAAUGGAGCCUUGAGAGACCAUUAGUCUGCUUUACACAACUAUAGAAAUGUAAAAAUGUUCUGACAUGAUUAUCCUUUAACUGACUAGUUUGACAUUUUGGCCAACAUGUGGGAAAAAGAUACCACUCUCAUGUCUCUUCAUUAACUAUCCAGCUAGAACCUUGAAGCCAUUACCUUACUUUAUGAAGUACAUGCUGUAACUACUUUUUGACGUUUUGACAUUUAAUCCAUCCAAUCCAUUUACCAUUGUCUGGCAACCUUAGUGUAUACUGCAAGACUGUGGGAAGCCACUGUGGCCAGUUGUUGUUUGCAUGGAAAUAGAUAACUACCCCUAAAACCACAAACUUUUGUUCCUAUAUGUUCUGAUCCUAUAUGGAUUAGAAAAAAGAUGUGGGGAUGUGUUAAAUGUUGGUAAGUGGAUCUUUGAACAGUUUUUUGACAGAGCCAGAGUAGCAGUUUCCAGUCUUUACUCUAAGCCAGGCUUUUCCCCUCCUGGCUCUAGCUUCAUGUGUAGGGCACAGACAUGAGAGUGGUAUUGAUCUCCUUAUGUACCUUUCAGAAAGAAAGCAACCCCCCAAAAUCUCAAACUAUCCCUUUAAUCAACGCACAUUUAGUGAAUUUGCUGAUUUUGACUGGGGUCAUAGUAGGUUAUAUCAUCAUAUACAGGCAAAAAAAAUGAAGGCAAACUAGAAACUUUGGCAUUGUCUUAAAUACAUUUCUUUUCUUUGUCUGUGGUCAGAUCUGAGCCAGCUGAUCACUUAAUGGUUAAGCAUCACUUAGCAGUAAACAGAAGAAACAGCACAUUGUGUUGUCAAGCUAAUGUGUGGUGCUUAUUUUGCGCUACAGAUGUAUGAAGUUAUUAUAACAUAAUUCAUGCUACUUGAUAAUCCCACUAAAAACAAACAAGAUUAGGCUGCUGCCUGUUUACAGGAGGAGGAGUGUUUCCUUUUCAUCACCUACUCACACAGACAAAGAGAGUGAAACAAGAGGGGAUAUGCUGGGAUAACUUUUGUUAUUAUGAUUCGUAUUAUAAAAAUAAUAGUAAUCAUAGUAAUAAAAAUGUUGUGGUCUUUGUUGUGACUGUAAUCAAUUAAUGUGACACUACAGUGUUUUUGUAAAGUGCUGGAUGGAGGGAAAAAUCAAAGAGAGUGCAAAAAGUGUUUCUGGUUGUUUUCAAGAAUCCAGGGCAAGGCAAGACUCAAUUAGAGUAUUAGGAUGAUGUAAUGUACACAUGGUAAAGAUGCCUCCCCUUGCCAAAGCCUGUCAGUCACAUUGUUACACCAAAAAUCAGUGCAUUUUCAAAAUUAGAGGUUUUAAUUUAGAGAAAGAAUCCAUCAGUCCCAUUUACAGCAACAUAACUGAAUUUGAUGACUGAAUUCUCAAUAUUUAUUCAGAUGACAUGUGUUGGUGCAAGUAUUUAGCUCAUUUACAUAAUAUUUUGGAGUUUUGAUUUGGCUGGAGGUCAAUCAGGGAGAUGACAUACAGCAGUGCAUGCAGCUGAGGCCAGCAUCAGUGUGGCUGGCAGGCUUUGGUUUUCAGACCGAGUCGUGGCUGUGACUCCAGUGCAGUAGUUCAGUGCCUAUACUAAAUGUGAGGUAGUGCCUCGACUAUGAAUCCUGUUCUAUAAUAAACUAUUUUGACUUGCUGUCUGAU